CACCCUGAACUCAGGCAGCACUGCACUCUGGACACUCAAAGCGAACAGAUCUCACCGCAGCACUCAGAUACCCAGUAAAUCAGUGGGCAUAUAUAUUUAAUAAUGGCCGAGCUACUUUUCCCACAACUUGAGCGUCCUUUGCCUACGCUGCCAUCGCUUCACUACACGCUGUUUGCCUACAGGGAGGAGUUGCGACGCCGCGAUGCCCCGUUCAUGAAGAUGUCCACCAUCAAACUGCACCUCACGGACAACCUCAUCCUGCAGACGAUCAAGAACAUCCGGCAGUACGACACCAUCGAGAUUAUGAAUCUCAACCAGGAGAUCAACUUCAAGCGGCGCCUCACCAAGCAAAUGAGGAAGGUGCGCAAGCUGGAGAAGCUCGGCUUGCAGAUCGAUCCGCGGAAACUGAACGAGAAUGGCCAAUGGCACUGAGGUGUGAUUUAGUGGAACUCCAGAACCUAAGCUUCUUACUCAA